AUGUCGGCUGAAGAGGAUAUCAAAAUGGAGGACCCACAACAAGUACCACAAGAUGAGCAAGAAAUGGUGUAUAAUCCAGACAAGAUAAAGAUACUACCAGGUGCAGCAGAAGAUGGCACUGCUGCCUCGUUCCAAAUAGUCGAUGAAGAUCACACAUUAGGCAAUGCGCUACGCUACAUGAUCAUGAAAAACCCCGAGGUUGAAUUUUGCGGCUACAGUAUACCCCAUCCUAGCGAGAACAAGUUGAAUAUCAGAAUACAGACAUACGGCAGCAUAUCUGCCGUUGAAGCCUUGCAUCAAGGAUUGGAUAACUUGAGCGAGCUAUGUGACGUUGUGGAGGACAAAUUUGCUGAGAAGUUGAAAGAAGGAGACUUUACCAAUGAAGAUCCUUGA